UCACCACCACCACCACCACCAUGCGCGAGUACAAGCAUCUGACACCCGAAGAACGGGAAUUCUUCUUGACUCACGGUUGGCUCAAAGUCGAAGGAGCCAUCAAACAGCAAUACAUUGACGAAUGGAUGAAAGACUUUUGGGUCAGAUUGGGCUACGACGAGCACGACAAGUCGACUUGGGAGGAAGAAUACACAAAAUUACCUCGACAUCGUGAAGUUCGAUGUGAAGAGUUCUGCCCAAAAGCUUGGGAUAAGAUGUUGGAGAUUGUAGGUGGGGAAGAGGUCGUCGAUCCUGUCAGAGAGAGGUACUAUGGAGACCAAUUUAUCAUCAACUUUGGGUCAGAAGAGAGGACCAAACAGAAGCCGAUCCAUCCGAGGGAGUACAGGGGUUGGCAUACGGAUAAUGACUGGUACCGACACUUCCUCGACUCGAGCGGCAAUGCUUUGACAAUCAUUCACUGCUUUACCGAUAUUCCGGAACGAGGUGGGGGUACGUGUGUCGCAGAAGACGGAAUCAAGCGACUCUGCGAAAAGCUCUAUGAACACCCUGAAGGACUUGACCCACCGUUCCCUUCUGGUUUACUCUAUUCUCACGUCGCGAAGGAGUGCGAGAAGUUCUCUCAUGUCGUCGCGAAAGCAGGAGACGUCAUUAUCACACACGGUCUCUUGCCUCAUUCUCAUUCACCCAAUUACCUACACUACGCUAGGGUCAUUACGAACCCUCACUUGAAUAUGGCUGUACCAUUUAAUCUGAACAGAGAAGAUGGAGAUUAUACACUCGCUGAACAAGUCAUUCUACGAGCUUUGGAUCGCACCUCGAUUCCAGAAUACAAACCCACUCGAGAGAGACUGGCGACGUACCCUCGAACAGCCUAUUUCAAGCGUGAAAAAGUCAAGGAAGAGCUAGUGAGGAUGAUCAAGGAUGCUGAAUCCAAAGGGAAAUCAGCAAAGGACGUGGAUAGCGUUUACCUCAGAGGAGAAGAGGCCAUCUUGGAACAUGAACGCCGGAAUGGCUAUGAUAAACCUUGGGGACCUCAUGGGGUUCAAAGACACAUGAAGGAUAAUGAAGAAUGGGUACCGACCUCUACGAGGCAUGUGCUCGUCUAAAGGCGACGGGGAGUCUUUACCCAGAGUCAGGUGUCAGUGAUCCAUGUAGCUAGCUUAUUAUCAUUCGUCCUUGCUGUUCUUUUGUAGACCGCUCAUUAUAUCUUAUAUGUGAAUAUAUCUUAUAUGUGAACACACGUCAUCAUGCAG